CAAAUCACUAUCACAAUGUGUAGUGCGUCGUGCGAACAUGUGGGUUUGUCGGUUGUCAGUUGUGAGCGUUAAAAAAUCAAAAGUUGAUAACGAAGUCAAGAAUUAAUAAGGUGUUUGGUGUUUGGAUUAGAUCUGUGUGCAUGGGUAUGUUGUAAUAAGAAUAAGAACGAAUUAAAAUUUGACAGUCAACAACAAGGACUUCUAUGCUCAACUGUACAGUUUUAAAUUUAAUGAUGGGUUAUGGUCGGUUUAUACAGAAUACGGAAAAGCAUUUGUUGUUCGUUGUAAUUGUGAUAGGUUAAUUUAGUUCACUCAAGAUGUCCCAGCCCAAUAUUACAUGUACAGUUUGUGGAGGUACAGAAUUUACUGUUGAUGCUGGAUUUUUCUUUUGUCUAGAAUGUCAUACUCAGUCACAGGAUGUCAGAGAGGAAGUCUUUGAUGACUUCUUUGGAAAUCAGAAGUUUGCUACUAAAGUAUUGACAAAAGCAACACCAGUACCAGCUUCAAAUCAAAAUGUGAAACUAACUUCGUGGGAAGUUUUGAAUUAUGUUAUGAAAGGAUUAGUCGACGAGCUGAUCAACCUGGGAGCCAAGCCAGAACUGAAGAUUGUUACACUACAACUGUGGGCCUCUUAUCUAUGCAGGCUGGAAAUUGCGUUUACUUCAGUUGAUGUUGAACGGAAACCUAAACUUGGCUACGCUUUUAAGAAUAGUGAUGCAGAAAUAAUUUAUGGAGUUACAAAACCACAGUUAAGAGAGAAAAGCUGGAGAUCGAGAUCAAAAAGUAGUUCAGCUGCAAGUAGUACUAGUCGUGCAGAAUCCAACACUUCAGUGAACAAAACAUUGUCACGGAGAUCCAUAAUGUUGAGACUUGCCCAUCGGAAGAAAUCUCUUGCUUCUGCUGAAUACCAAACAUUAACACAAGAAACAAUGCAGUCAAAUAACCAAACUUUAGAAGAUUUGAGUUCUACAUCAGCAACAAGUGUAGCUCCUAAAAGGAUAAAGGUCACUGCACACACUAAGUCACUGCUGAACUCUUCGUGUGCAAGUUCAACUGAUUGCGAUGAGGAACGCACAGUACGAAGGCGGAGAGCAAGGAGUGAAGUGCAGUCCCUACGUAAUGUUACCACAGCCAAGGUUGUGGCGAUAGUCAAUGUAGCACUUGCUCUGACAAAGCAGGACAUCCAAGUCUCAGAUUUUUUAAGGUGGGUGGAGGAGGGACACAUAUCUUUGAAGACCUCAAGAGUUUUCCUGCCUGGUGACAUCACAGUGGAUGGUAAUGUUCAGCGGAUGAUAGAACUGGAUCAUCUGUCGUAUAUCAAGUGUCAGAACCUUAUUACUGGGAUUUGCAAUGAGCUGGAGAUUGGUGAGCUGCCUCCACCUAGACUGAGGGAGCUGGCAGACAGAUACUGUCUUGAACUACAACUGCCAGAUGAGGUAACAGAUCUUGUCAAGCAGUUACUGUUGUUAUCUACCAGCUCCCAUGGACUUGUGAAGAAGAAUGACGUACACACAUACAGGUACAGCGAGGUGCAGGUGAUGUCAGUCAUUGUAGUGGUUCUCAAGUUGUUGUUCUCACUCGAUGAUUGCACAGAGUUUCAACUGUCACACACCGCUGCACAGAUUAAUAGAGUGAUCGGUGUGGAGAACAUAUCCAGACGGCAGUUUGUAUUCAGUGAGUGGAUGCAGUAUGUGGAGUGCCGCAAGGCCACUGUUUCCAGCUAUCACUGGCCUACCAGGUCUGCUGUCUACGGGAAGGCGGUGGACCGGGACCCUCAGUUGUUCCUGCACCAUCUGGACCAGACUGAACUCAAUGCAUCUCAACCUGUCAAGAGACAAUAUGAAGCGCUUAAUAAAGUUUGGAUGGAAUCUCUGAGGCAGUGUCUGCAAAGGUUAAAUGAGCAGCCAUCCCAGAGAGCCUUGGUCAAAUUUCCUCCUUCGCUGACUCCUCUGCUGACUUGCACCCAAUAUCUGCUGACCCAACAUGCUGAGCUAGUGGCCCCGGUCGCACAUGUGCUGGAGCAGGAUUUCACCUCACAGUCACUGGAUUACAUCAUACACCCAGAUCGUUGCAUUACCUUGGGACUCACACAUGGCUUGAACAUCAUCCAGCAGAGGGGAUCCGCAGCUACAUUCUUAGUAGAUAAGAUCAAGCCAGGAAACAGGGACUCGACUGUUCUCCCUCGGUACAAGAUAAAUGAGGUCAAUGUUACAAUGAAAAUUGUAGAAAAUUUGAAACAGGCUGGCAACUUGUCCUGUAACAAAACCGCUAAAAGUGCAGAUAUAGAUAGGGGUAAACUAUCAGAACUUGUAUCUGAUGAUACUGAUGAAGAAGAAAAUGAUGAUGAAAGUGGAGUUUUUGAGGGGCCUCAGAUUCAUGAUGUUACUACCUCCCAUUCUACUGUGGAACUGUUCAAUACUGGGGCUCAGUACUGGUUCUGUCACACAAGACUGGAUAAAAACAGCCUUUCAUUGGACGAGUUUGAGGAAUUCGCCAUGAACUCAUUCCCUUCUUCUUUUCUGUGGUUGUUAAAGGAAUGUUCUAGAAUGAUAUGUGUGCCUAUAAAAGACAUUUAUGCAAAUAUAGUCUCUCUUGAAAAAAAUUAUAAAUAUAUUUUGAAUGAGACACACUUUUUAGCCUGUCAUAGUAGAAAUAAGCGGAAGAGAAAUUAGCUUCAUAGAGUUUUUUUAUAAUAGUUUCUGACUGUGUUUGGGUUUUUUUACAUUCAGCAGAUUCUGAAGCCAUAAAAGUUAUAUUGCAAACAUUAGCAAUGGAAAGAUAUCAAAAUUUAUUGCAGCUUAUAACUAACAGACCUUUCUAGCCCAGAGCCCAUUACAAACAUUUUUUAAUAGACUAAUCCACUCAAAAUUUCAGUUCUGUAGCUUAAACAGUUAAGAAGAUUAAAUUUUCAAAUUUUAAAUAUAAAUAGGUAAUAAAGUAAUAAAAGAUAUAUAGAUUGAUUAAUAUUUGGUUUACCUAUUAGAUAAUUUCUUGUAGUUCUUGAGCUGCUCUCAUAGUUCUGUUUAUUGAUUUUGUUUGAAAAAACUCUGUAUCACUGAGACAGUUUGGGUAAUUUGUAAUAUUUGAAUUAAACAGGAACAGAAUUUUUGUUGGAAUAGUCAACUGAAAAAAUGACCUUAAUUGUUUUUAUUUUAUCAAUAAUAAUUCACAUUAUGUUAAAAUGUGGAAAUUUUAUGUUGUAUGUAACAUUUACUUCUUGGUAUAAUUCAGUCUAUACUGAAUAUAUUACAUACUAUAUUUAUAUUUUAGUAUCAUAUUAUUAAAACCGGUU